UCUUCAGACCUGCUCUUGUUUCCUCUAAAAUUAAGAGUUCCUGGUUUUAAGGUAUUUUGUUACUUUGUUAGGGAAAGUUUUUAGCCCAAGGCUUUGGCCUCGAAUCUUUAAAGUAACUCUCAGAAGAGUGAAUAGCCUUCUAGAUCUUAAAGCUACUUCAUCAUUGUCCUCAUAAGCUCUCAGACCGAGUUUGGGAAAUUACUGCACAACUUCAUUUUCAUCAAAAGAAUUGUUAAGUGAUGGCCGUGAAUGCGAUGAGGAGAUAUACAAAAGCCCAUCAGGAUCUCUUGCACUUUUUAUUGCAGUGGAUCCUACUGUAUUCACAGAGAUUUCCGUAUUAUCCUCUAUCAGGCGCUCUUCUUCUUCAGAGCUUGCUAUCUCAGGGGUCUCUGGGACUGGCGACCUAUCUACAGGUGUAGGGAAGAGCUGUUCUUCAUUAACUUCCUCAGAUAAUCAGCUUCCUUCACACAUCUCCUGAGCGAGUUCAGCAGGAGUAUUGGGAGGAACCACAUGAGAAUUGGUUAUUUUCCCAGAUUCUGAGCUGGGGGAGGAUACCUCCUCCAGUGAAUUAGGAGAACAUACCAUAACUUUUGCUGGUACACUCCUCUCUCUAGGGGUUACUUGCAGACCAGUAUUUUGGGCGGAAGGAUUUGAUGAUCAGAACUCCUCCCUCAACUUUCUCUCGUCACUAAUAAACUUAAAUCCUAACUUUAGCUGGCUUAGAGCAAGCAGAGCCGAGCAGCUCUGGUCGCUUCUGCAUGUGAAGCGUAGGAUGAUUGGGACGAGAAAUCGUGAGGUAUUUCUUCUUGUCCACUCUUGACCUUC